UCCUUUACUGGCUGGUGUUUCACACAACCGGUCAGUUCCUUUUUCUUUGAUACGCAAGCCCACAUUUUGCGGUGCGGUGGUGGUUCGCCGGCGUCUUGUGCCCUUGCUUAGGAAUUCACAGCGGCGGAGUUCGGCUAUUAGUCAUGACAUCGGGCACUAGGAUGCCGACUUGGAAGGAGCGAGAGAACAAUAAGCGGAGGGAGCGUCGCCGACGGGCGAUAGCGGCCAAGAUCUUCGCCGGAUUGAGGAUGUUCGGGAAUUACAAGCUACCGAAACACUGUGACAACAACGAGGUCUUGAAAGCUGUCUGCAAUGAAGCUGGUUGGGUGGUGGAAGAAGAUGGCACCACUUAUAGAAAGGGAUGCAAGCCUGUGGAAGGCAUGGAUGCCAUGGGUUCAGGUGCAGUAACCACUUGCUCAUCGUAUCAACCAAGCCCAGGAGCCUCUUUCAACCCCAGCCCUGCCUCAUCUUCCUUUCCGAGCCCUAUGUCAUCCCAUUAUAUGGCCAAUGCCAAUAACAACGCUACUGCCGAUCCCAACUCCCUCAUCCCCUGGCUAAAAAAUCUGUCUUCUUCCGCUGUACCCCCUUCAUCUAAGCUUCCUCACCAUAUUUACAUUCCAGGAGGUUCUAUAAGUGCUCCUGUAACCCCUCCAUUGAGCUCACCAACCGCCCGGACUCCAAGAAUGCAGGGGCAGGGGCAGGGCAACAUGGAUGAGUCCACAACAGGAGGUGCUGCCUGGUGUGGGCAGAACUACCCAUUCUUACCCAAUUCCACUCCCCAAAGCCCUGGCCUGCAAACCCCACCUGAUUCGGGGUGGCUCUCAGGUGCUCUAACUCCUUUAGACGAGCCUUCUUCCCCAACAUUCAGUCUCGUGUCAUCAAAUCCGUUUGGUUUCAAAGAAGCAUUUUCCAAUGGUGGUUCUCACAUGUGGACCCCCGGGCAGAGUGGAACUUGCUCGCCGGCAGUGUUCGACCAGACAGCUGAUGUUCCGAUGUCGGAUGCAAUUUCAGCUGAGUUUGCAUUUGGCAGUAACACCAGCAAGGGGAUUGUGAAACCAUGGGAAGGAGAAAGAAUACAUGAUGACUGUGUCCCUGAUGACCUUGAGCUCACUCUUGGGAAUUCAACCACAAGGUGAAGAGGUCUGAGGCAAAAGGGCAAAUGAUGUUUGCAUCUCGCCUCCUGAAUACCAAUCUUUAUUAUUAUUAUUGCACAUAGUUGAGCUGAGCUAUUGGCCAUUUCUUGUGAUCCCGGCAAUGGAUACACAGAGUAUCAGGUUAUUAUUAUUUUUUUUCUCUUUUUUCUUUAAAAAAAAAAUGAUUUGUUUGUUUGAUCAUUCAACAAAGUGAACAAGUAUUAGAGAGGUCAUGUAGUUGGGCAGGCUGGAACUGCAUUUUUUCAGCAGCAUCUUGCAGACUGUGUUGUGUAAUUGAGAUAUAUAUAUAUAUAUAUAUAUAAUGUGUGUGAAAAGAA